GAAAGACCAAGGUAGCUGCAAUAUCGUGUUAUAUAAAAUACAAAGAUUUGAAUUAUUGUGCUGAGUUGCUACUGAACUGAACGCGUCAAAGCAACUAUACAACGAUGGUGUUAAAAUUAGCUACUAUUGCUUUGGGCCUGCUCCAGCUGGCUAUAAGCCUGCCUACUGAAUCUGUCAACACUCUGGAAGACCUUCUUAUGGUCGAUGACACCAUAUCCGUUGGCUCAUACGUGAGAGAAACUAGAGCUGCUGCCCCGGAUGACUGGCACAAAUCAGUCCAAAACGAAGGUGAUGGUGAGAUAGGCUACUCUCGCAAGAAGUCAGGAGGUGGUAAGAAAGGCUACCAACACUUCGACUCCUACCACAAGAAGGCCGGAGACAACUACGAAUUUGAGAAGCAGGAUUCUUAUGGCCAGGACGAGAAGGGCCAAGAUGGAGCCUACAGCAACAACUAUGAAACCUUAGCUGAAACAGAGCCAGAACAUUCAGAGUACGAAGAAGAUGAGCGACCAAGAAAGAAGAAACAGAAACAGCACAAAGAUAUCACACAUUCUGAACUAAAAGAGGGUUCUGAUGAUGGCAACGGUGGAGUUGAAGCCUUUGGACACGAUCCCAGAGACUAUGUUUUACCCGAAAAAUACACUUGGGGUGAAGAAGACUCGGACUAAAUUAAUUUACAGUUUAUAGUUAUUAUUACUAGACUGAUAGAUUGUAGACCUCUAAAAUUAAUUUUAACUGACAUUAUAACGCCAUCUGUUACCGGGUAUUAGAACUAGGGGCGUUUAUUAGUGUGCAAUCUUUUGUUAUAUACUAUCUUAGUUGUUAACAUAUUUUGUUACAUAUUUUCAUAAGAAUGUUACAAAAAUAUAUCAUCAUGUAUUUACAAUUUACUUAACACCGAUGUUUUAUUUUCUCUGUACGUUUGUUUGAUUUUACUGGAAUCGUGUACAAUA